UUAUUUAAGCCCUUUUUGGUUUUUUCACUCUCUUCUCCCUUUUAGCGUGAAAACCAAUCCACCCAAACAUCAAAGCCCAGUACCGGGAGAAACGACGAUUUCCUUCACUUCUCCGACGCCGCCAUAUUUUCCUCUGUAGCCGAGUAGAUGUCCAUGGACUCUGAUAUAGAAAGGGUCCUAUGGACUCAGGAACAAAUCGCAGCCAAAGUCUCCGACUUAGCCUCCGAAAUAUCGGCCGACUUUUCCGGAGUCACUCCGCCGCCGGUUCUGGUCGGCGUAGCUACAGGCGCUUUCCUCUUCCUCGCCGAUUUGGUGAAGCAAAUCAAACUCCCUAUCGCCGUCGAUUUCGUCCGCGCUGAAUCCUACGGUUCAGGGACAGAGUCCAGUGGGGCCCCCAAAAUCUCAUCCGAUUUGAAGCUCGACGUUGAAGGGAGGCACGUAAUCUUGGUCGAAGACAUUGUGGAUACAGGGAGUACUCUGUGUUGCUUAAUCGCUCACAUGGAAUCCAAAGGUGCAUCUUCUGUAUCGGUCUGCACUUUCCUUGACAAACCCAGUAGAAGAAAAGUGGAGGUGGGUUUGGUUGGGAAUGGGAAAUUGUAUAGAGGGUUUGAGUGUCCGGAUUUGUUCGUGGUUGGCUAUGGCAUGGAUUUUGCUGAGCUAUACAGGAAUUUGCCUUAUGUUGGUGUUUUGAAGCCUGAGCUUUACAAGUGAUAGAUUUUUCAUUCACAUUCACAUUCACAUUUCAGAUUAGAUUCAAUUACCCAGAAAAGCUCAACCAAGUCUGAAAGGAGAUUUGACUUCUUUGUGUAUAUUGGGGUGGUUGCAUUUUUCAAGACUCUGUUUGGGAUUUGAUGUGCUUCUUUUAAGACACACUUUUUCCAUACUAUUGUUUUGUGAACCCAAAUUUUACUACUAGCACUGCCAUUUAGAUUCCAUGCAAACAA